GAUGUGACAACACCAACUUGCAGUUUCUGUCCAGGUGAUAUUGUAAGAGAAGUACCCAACGCAAAUGAAAGGGUAUCUUGGAAGGACCCCAAAUGUUCAGACAACUCUAAUGUACCUGCCGUCAUCACAUCCAACUACCCGAACGGUAGACUUUUUAAGGUUCCUGGAACAUAUAAGGUUCAGUACUUUGUGACUGGCAAAAAAGGAGACGUUUACAAGGGAUGCUCAUUUAAUAUAACCCUCACGUGUAAGUUAUGUUUACCGUUUACUCGGGGUUUUAAUUAAGCAGCGUCUUUUUUUGAGCGACGGAAUCAAGCGAAAGUGGACUUUUAGCACUCUUCCGUGAGAUCUCUACAAAUGUGAGGGCAAAUCGUUUCUUUAGUAAGGACUAUGCAAUACAGAUUGGGUAGCGUCAAGGCAUAUCAAACGAGAAAAAGGCUCACUUCCGGUCGGUCGACGUGAGGUACUGGCCAGGCCGUGGGUUGGUGUAUGUGUGCCCCUUGCCUUAAGUUGGUCUCACUUCCGGUUGACGGGCGUCGCUCAAAAACGUCGCUGCUUAAGUUCCCUGUUUACUGAAUUUAGUCGCCUCAUGGUAAGUGAACAAUUCUUGCAAGGACCACUUGGACAAACACCAGCGAGGGAAAGCCGGAUCUUGUCGUAGAUCAGGAUCAGCAGUAUAAAAUAACACUUUAAACUGAGGGCAAGGCUGAUCGGACAGCUAAGGGUUAUAAAUUUAUUUGCCCAUUAUUUCGACUAGACAAAACUAGUCUUCAUCAGGAGUUAGAUAAGCUAAUUAAGUGAUCCGGAUUCCGAAAAUUCCGGGAAACGUCUGCUUGUGGAAACUGGAAUGCAGGGUUUUUUGAAUCCGUAAUUCAGCUCAAGGAAACCGUAAUCCAAUUUAUUUAAUGGAUUGGAAUUCGGAAUCUAAGUUCCACUCAAGAAAUUCGAAAUCCACAGCAUGGUAUCCAGAAUCCAAGACUGCCUUAGAUUACGUCAGUUAUGACUCGAAAAUCUUGACGUUUAAAAAGACUAGGGAGUGGAAGCACUAAUUUUGAAUUUUUUUCUCGCCCUUAAUACAAUUGACAAGGACUCAUUACAAUAUAUAACCUUGGGAAAUGCCAUUAAAAAAGAGCUCCUGAAUUUAAUUACUUUACACGUUUGUUUAUCCACACGGAAACUGAAGUUCGGGUUAACACUAGGUAAAAACUACUCAUCGAAACAACGCAUUUCUUCCUUCACUUUCUGUCAGGUUAUAUUUUGGGUAGCCUUAAGCCUGCUAGCAAGCUCUCCUAUUUGGGGCGAGCUGCGCGAGAACUCGCUCCCCGUUUUCGCAUCUCCUCUCGCGUGCCUCUCGCGCGUCUACUUUUCACGAUAUCCCCCAAAUGGAGAGCUUGCUCGCAGGCUGGGUAGCCUGUGUCGCAGGCGUAAUCUAACCCCGAUAUAAUUCUUUAGAAUUACAAACUUUAGCCUCAAGUUUUAUCAUUAUAAUAUUUGGUCAUUAUACGUUUCUGGGAAACUGCCCACCUACCCUUCCCCUAAGCCAACAUUUUGCCCUAAGUGAGAAGCAAGUAUUAUAAUGCUGGCUUAGGGGAGGGGUAGGUGGGCAGUUUCCCAAAAACGUAUAAUGAUCCUAAUCUUUUACUUGGGGAUGGACCAUUAGAAAAGUGAUGGGGUGGGGGGGGGGGGGAUGGGGAUUUUAAGAGAUGUAAGAAUUUUUUUUGUACAUGUAAGGUGCAAAUAUAUUUUUUCUCCUUAGUCAUAUAUUUUUUUGGCCAAAAACCGUAGGAAUACAUUUCUUUAUUAAUAAUUUCCUGGGGAAAAAUUUUUUUGCGUUUGCCCCACCCCCUCUAUUACUUUUCUAAUGGUCCAUCCUGUAUUAUUCCAGUGCCCAAAUGCCCGAUGUAUGACGCUCCUGAGAAUGGUGCUCUUGUUUGCCUGAACCGUGACGCCGAUGGCUCUGCUUCAUUCUGUCAAGUGGCUUGUAAAGAUGGCACCGAUUUCAACUUCGAUCCACCCUUGCUGUACAUUUGUGCUGGCCCCGGUUUCUGGAUGACUGAAAUUCUUCGUAGAGUCAAUCAGCUUCCCUGGCCAAAUUGUUCCAGUAAGUGAUUCAUAUUGUAGUUCUAACACUUACAAAGCUUACUUAAGACCGCCUCAUUUCUGGGUAAGUACUAUGGUCAGCAAGAAGAAAAUAUGGGACAUUCUGUGUCAACUACCCGGGCCCCAGCCAUAGUUUCCAGGGUCCGCUCAUACUCGUACCCCGGAGCGAGAGAAGGGACGAGUCGAAGAGGACCCUGAAAACGCGGUUGCCUAGCCCUUUUAUUCAUAAAUUACCAUAAGUCAUGUAUAUAGAGUAGACCAUAGUCUAACAACAUCUCUUUUAUAUUUCCUCCAGUUAUUUCUUCCUGCUGUAAAAUACGUUUAGAUAUUUAGCCCAUGUUCACCCCAUCUCUCUUUAAGAUUAAGCUUUGAAUACUUCGACAUUAUUGUAUUUUAGUAAUAUGGUUGUUUCCUUGUAAUUGUUAAUAGGCGGUGAAGGGUCUUUUUUUGUUUGGAUAUUCUGUAAUCAUAAGAUGUUAACAGUGCAGUCCACCUUUCACACCGAAGCCAGUUACAGCUGCAUUUUCGGCAGCUUAGAACAUUUAACUAUAUAAAGGGACAGGUAGGAUCAACUAAAUGAUGUGGGUCUCUCUUCAAUUUUCAGGUGGAGCCGGUCCUUCGAUGCAGGAAAGAAAUGGAUUCAUGGAGUUUUUCUUCAAUGGCAAUCAGACUCAUUCUGAGAUCGUGACCACAUUAAAGCAAAAUCUUUUGACCAUUGCAAAGGGACCUAAGGUUCUCCCAAUCUACUGUCUUCAUGAAGCCUGCACUCCUCAGAAAGUUCAAGUUUAUCUUUCCAAACAAACAUAA